AUUUGAAAAUUUCACUGUGUUUCGUUCUUCGGAGUAAAAGGUGUCUGUGUGUAACUGUCGCCACAAAACACCAAUUGUAUGCUUGGGCCGAUUUAGGUCAGCAUAGAACGAAGGAAAACGAAUAAGCGAUAGUAGAAGAUGUUUUACCCUAAUGUAAUACUCAUCCAUCGACGAAAAGCUGAACUAACUGCUGCUUGGUUAGCUGCAACAUUAAGUGAAAAUGAAUUUAAGAAACGCUAUAAGUCUGUCAGUAUAAACAAGAUAAAUGUCACAAAAAUUUGCGAAGAGGUUCAAGAAAUAGCAUGCAAUAGGAAUCAAAGUGGAAUAAAAUUCAGUUUAUAUCUAUUAUCACAAUUAAUGUGUGGUAUAACAAAACUUCAUUUAUAUCAGACUACAUAUUUUGAGAAGGAUGUUUUUGAAAUUCAAAAAAAAUUGAAGCCAACAAAAGGAGAUGACCCAGAUAUUGACUCAUUAAAGGAUCUUAAAAUUGAUACAUUAUUUGAUGUGCCCCUGGUGAAAGAUGUAAAUCCUCAAUUACAUGAAAAUAUGUAUUUGUCUCAAUACCAAAAUCUAGAUGAUAGAUUAGAUAUAAUGAUGCAAGCUACAGCAGGUCAAGAUUUUGGUGCUUUGAUUGAUGAGGAGAUGGACUUUAUAUGCGAACCUGAUAUUAUAAUGGAAAUGGAGAAAAGAUUGAGAAUACAUGACAACGAAGAAAGAAAUGGUACAGAGAUGGUUGAAGAUAUAGACAUUGCAGAAGAAAUUCAUCAAGAGAGACACUCAUCUCAGGAAAUGCCAGUGCUUACAACUCUAUCUGAAUCAAAUGCCAACUUACUGUCAUCCCCACAAAAACGAAAAGUUCAGGGUCAAAUACAAACAGGAACACCUACGAAAAAGAGACGUUUAUCUUCCAAGAAUAUAGUUGUGCCUCAUAUACAAAAUGUAAUAGAAGGGACAAGUGUGCCUGCACAACCAGUAGCGCCAAUUUCACAGGAAAUAGAAUCAGACGUAGAACUGCAAUCCUUAGAAAGUUCCAACAAAUCCUUUCCAAGUAAACAACGAGCGCAGACGAAAAAAAUUAUUGAUGAGAAAACCAUGUUGAGUGAUAAGGUGUAUGUAAAAUGGUGCCGUGACGUAAAUAUUUGGUGCAGAUCAAAAAUAGCGCGAAUACACUUUACACCAGCAAAAAGCCUUUUAAGUCAACCUUCGCAUAAGCUAUAUGCAGCCUGUUUACGUCUGCUUUUUUAUAAACAUUUUACUUUUAAUCGUAUUACCAGAUCAUCGAGCGCAGACGAAAACAUUGGGUCUACAGAAUCGACACCAUUGGAACAACCGCCGUUGCGCACGGAAAAAUCAACAAGCCUUCUUGCAGAAGUAAGUGAACUCGGAAAAAAAACUAUAAUUAUAGCUAAUGGUUCUACUUUACUUCCUGAAGUAUCAGCGAUACCACUAUCAGAAAUGCCAGAUAUAAUUAAUGCAGCAGAAGGCAUAGCAAAGAAUAUUACUAUACACAAGGAUUAUGAGGAGAAAAUAGAUAUAAAUGAGACUAACGAAACGUUAGAAGAUAUAAGAGAUUUAUUGGAGAAACAACAUUUGCAAAAUGAUGUUAAUUUAGAAUCUUCUUCUGCGAGCUUAAGCAAUACCUCACAAAAUGUACCUCUAACAAUUCAGGACAUUUUGGGUCUGUUAGAGGCUUUAUGGUGCGAAAAAUUAUAUACUUCGUUUAAUGAGCUUGUGCCCGAUAAUACUUCAGCUUACGAGAAGAUUAAAAUUUUCUAUUUACUUCUCGUACUGCAUGCACAUGGAACAGUUGUUUUGAACCAAAAAGAUUGUUGUAGCAUUUUAUACAUUUUGAAUAAAGUGUAAACUUUUACUCCGACUAGUAAUUCAACGGAUUAAAGCGAUUAUAUUAUUGAUAUUAUAUUA